AGACAGAGAUGGCAAAGGAAACAACCACUCACCCGGCGCGACCCAGCCCUAGGUUCUCGGCUCUUCGUAGUCCGCAACAAAGCCCACGCGUGAUGAGAAGGACACAAGCGGUGUGCCACAGCUUGCGAAUGGGACAGGACGUUAUCCCAGCGCGGGAUACGGUGGUGCGUGGUGCCUAAUAGGUUCUGCAGAGGACUGCGGGAGCAGCGCGGAGAUACGUUGGAUCAACCGUCCCUUUCCUGGGCUGGCAGGAGAAACCAGGUGCGUCCUGCUUAAAUAAUCCCACUCGGCGGUUCACAGUUCACCAGCGGCUGACACUGAAAAUUUAAUGCUGACUUGGAAGUGCAGCACUCAAGUUACGAGGGAAGACGGCACGUCUCCACUUGUAAAAGGCGGGGAGAAAGACGGUGCGUUACAGAGUCACCACCGCCCCCUGACAAGUGAUUACGCCUCUAUCAGCCCCUGCCGCAAUCAACCGCACCUCGCGAGGAUGCUGCUCGCACUCAAAUUGGGCUGGAAACUAAGGGUCUCGGCGGGUGCCCAGGAUGGAGAGUUCCCCUCGGGCGGCCCCGAAAGAGCCGCAAGUCCAGGGCCAGCCCCGGAAGCGGAGCGGAGCGGGGCCGGGCGGGAGGAGCGGCGCGGAGCGACGUGGAGCGGGUGCGCACCCGCGGAGCGUCCAGAGGCUGGGGGCACCGGGAAGCCGCUUCGGCCCAGGGAUGCUCUCGUAGUGCGUGACGCCUUUGGGACUCCUACAUGGGCUGCCAAAGCUUUUUCCUUUUUAUGUCUUUUUUCCCCGAAAUUCCUCUCCCCUCUCUCGUGUCUUGACCCACAGCACAGUCCAGCAAAUAAUUCUGUUUAUAUCCUUUACAACAGCAAUUUUAUGCCGUACAAUGCGACACGUAGCAAUGGAUAUGUAUGGAGAGUUGCGAGGGAAUAUGAAUGCGUACGGCAAAAUGCCACCUUCCCUACCUGUCCAUUUUCUUAGCUGGUUCGAACAAAAGGCGUCUCGGGUGCAUUUUGUGGCACUGAAUUAAUUCCAAAUAUUUGGUACACAAACUUAGCGAGCCCAAAGGAGAUUAAUUCUUCAGAG